AUCAAGUUCAAACCUUUCUCUUUUCUAUAUAUGAAAUGAGAACUUCGAGAAUGAUUCAAGUACUCGUAUAAACAUUCACAUUGUUCCUAAAUAUAUCGUAGUUUUGUGAUCAAUCUAUCGUUUCUCUUUGACUUCAAAGCUUUAAAUUCUUUUCAUCGCAUAAGUUUGUAUCUUCAAAUUACUUGUUUUUUCUGAGCGGAAGUUAUCGAUAUAAGAACUUCUUCUUAUUGCCUUUUUCAUCGUACUUCAUUGAGUGUUUCAAGUUAAUAGAGUCUAUUAGAAAGUUACAAUUUUCCUGUCUUCAAGCAACCUCUUAUUUCCUCAUCCGGUUUCAAAAACUUACAUCAUGACAUCUCCCUCACCCUUCAAAUGUAGUUCAAUAGAUUAUGAAUCUGUAGUAGACCCAGCUAGCUGUGUUGAAGAUUUAGAAGAGUAUGAUACGUCCACUGAAUUACCUGUGAUUAGACCUUCCAAGCUUUUAGUUGGAACUACUCUCCUCUCAUCGCCUACAGGUUCUUUAUUCAACGAAAAAUACUCAAUGUGUCCGCUUGAUAAAGCUACAGGGGAAGCUUACCAAGAAAUCACUCGUACUACUAGUAGUACCAGCACCAGCACCAGCACCAGCACUCGAACUAGGACUACUCGGUCUCGAUCUGCUACUACAUCUUCUUGGUCUUCAGACUCGACCGAGCUCUCAAGUAUAGCCCCAUUAUCGGAAACGAAUUUUCCAUCAUCCAUGCCAAGGAUAGCAUUCGCAGAUUGGCAAAAGUUUGGCAUCGAAUUCUAUACACCUAAACCACAAAAAAUCAAUCCAUCAAAUAUGUAUUAUGAAUAUCAUUCAGUUAGUUCUACUAGGGUUUCAACUAGACCACGUCAAGGUAGAUCAAAAUCACAUCCUAUAAGUACAACUCAAAACUUACAAUCUGAAAAAUCUCAAUCUUAUUCUAUAUUUGAAUCAAAAGAAGAAGAAGAAGAAGAAUCGAAUUCGAAACCUAAACUUUUAUUAAGAAGAGCAACACUUGAAGGUUAUUAUUGUCCAGAACUUUAAAGCAAAAAACAAAAUCACAGAAAUUUUUUUACAAUUCUUUUUUUUUCUUCAUACAUUUUCUGUAGAGCUUUGAACCUACAUUCAUUACAAUUUUUCUUUUCCUUCUCAUAGAAAUUUGUUGGUUUAUGACUGACUUUUUUCAUUUAACAAAAUCAUUUGGAUCGAGUCGUCUUUUUGUAUGUUUCUUUACUCAAUCACAUUCACAUAAACUUAAAGCAAGAAACAUCGAUUUUCUCCUUCGUUCUUUGUUUUCACUACAUUAUAUAAAGUCAAAGAUUUCGAUUCGAGCUUUGAAAGCCAUUUUUCAAUUCAAGCUUUGAAAGCAAUUUCAUUAUACGUUUAAACAUUGUACUAUCAGUCUCUUUGUAUCUUUCGCAUCAUCAGUUCUUUCUUUGUUUGUUUGUUUGUUUAAUAAUUCCUCAAACCACCAUAUGAUAUCACAUAUGUUGAUUUUUUUUAGAAAUGUAGUAUGUAAUCAUUUUGGAUUUAUCUAUCAACACCAUAAUGGCGUGUUUACUGUUUUUUUCUUUCUUUGUAAUAAUUUUUUUGUAUUAAAUAUCUGCAUAACCCAUGAAUCAUAGAUUUUUCCUUUUUUGAAAAACUUGUGGAAUUUGCAAUUUGGUUGACUAG